GGGGCAUUUUGUGUCGGCGGCGGCGGAUCAGGCACAAGAUGGCGGCGGCGGCCGAGUGAGCGGCCGGCGGCCGCCGCGACCCCGCGAGUCCCCCCCUUUCCCCUCCCUGCUCGCACAAGCACCUCGGGGGCCGCUUCUCCUGUUUCUGGAGCGCGCCGAGAGCCGGGGAGCGGCGCAGAGCCGUGCAGGGGGGGGGCGCCCGCCCGAGGGCCCCGGCUGGAGCUGAGCGCGGGGACCGUCCUUGGCUGCGCCGCUCUCCCCCCUUCGGCCCCUUUCCGCUCCUCGGGGGCGGCCGUAGAGCCCUCGUUGUCCCGCCGAGCCGGCCGGGAGGGCCCGAGAGCCGCCCCUCGCCAUGGCGAGCAGCAGCGGCUCCAAGGCCGAGUUCAUUGUCGGAGGCAAAUACAAGCUGGUGCGGAAGAUCGGCUCGGGCUCCUUCGGGGACAUCUAUUUGGCGAUCAACAUCACCAACGGGGAGGAAGUUGCUGUGAAGUUGGAGUCUCAGAAGGCUCGGCACCCCCAGCUGCUCUAUGAAAGCAAACUGUACAAGAUCCUGCAGGGAGGAGUUGGCAUCCCACAUAUACGGUGGUAUGGUCAAGAAAAGGACUACAAUGUUCUAGUCAUGGAUCUUCUGGGGCCCAGCCUGGAAGACCUCUUCAACUUCUGUUCUCGCAGGUUUACCAUGAAAACAGUACUUAUGCUAGCAGACCAGAUGAUCAGUAGAAUUGAAUAUGUGCACACAAAGAAUUUUAUACACAGAGACAUUAAACCAGAUAACUUCCUAAUGGGUAUUGGGCGUCACUGUAAUAAGUUAUUCCUUAUUGACUUUGGUUUGGCCAAAAAGUACCGGGACAACAGGACAAGGCAACACAUACCAUACAGAGAAGACAAAAAUCUCACUGGCACAGCUCGAUAUGCCAGCAUCAAUGCACACCUUGGCAUUGAGCAGAGUCGUCGGGAUGACAUGGAGUCUCUAGGCUAUGUAUUGAUGUACUUUAACAGAACCAGUCUGCCCUGGCAAGGAUUAAAGGCUGCAACAAAGAAGCAAAAGUAUGAAAAGAUUAGUGAAAAGAAAAUGUCCACUCCUGUUGAGGUUUUGUGUAAGGGGUUCCCUGCAGAAUUUGCCAUGUACCUGAACUACUGUCGUGGCCUGCGCUUUGAAGAGGCACCAGAUUACAUGUACCUGAGGCAAUUAUUCCGUAUUCUUUUCAGGACCUUGAACCACCAGUAUGACUACACAUUCGACUGGACAAUGUUAAAGCAGAAAGCAGCACAGCAGGCAGCCUCUUCCAGUGGGCAGGGGCAGCAGGCCCAAACCCCCACAGGUUUCUGAGCAUGACGAGGAUGGGACAAAGCAGAGCAGAUCGGAGCAGGACUUGUCACUCCCCAAAUCCUAGAAAUUUUAGUUGAUACACUUGCCAGUGGCUGUGGGCAACCAUUUCCUUGGUGUAAAGAACUUAAUAUCAGUAUAAACUGGCUCUGGGCAGUGUCAGUGAUGCUGCACUUUGAGUUGUAGCAGCUGUAAUUGUGAAUAUUACUGAGAUAGUGAAACAUGGUGUCCAGUUUUCUAUUGCAUUUUUUUCAAGUGGAAAAGUUAACUAAUGGUUGACACACAAGUGGAGAAAAUUGUGCAUAUGCCAAUUUUUGUUACCUUUUUACUUUGAACUACACUGCUUAUGAGAUCUCAUUGUUUUGGAAGAAUGGCAUGAACAGUCUUCGGCAACAGUUGUGAUAAUUGUAAAUGCUCACAAUUGUGCACUCUUUUCUGGUUAUUCCUCCCUGGGUUUUGAAAGUUGUACACUUAAAACAUUCUUAAAGUUGUUGGCUUCUAUGUGCAACAUACCAAGCCAGCUGACAUGGUAGUAACCAAAGAUUCCAGUUUUUAAGCAUAUGAAAGACUCUGCCUGCUUACCUGUGCUAGAAAUAACAGCAUCUAAAGUGAAGACUUAAGAGAAACUUAGCGACUACUAGAUAAUCUUUAGGACUCUGCAUUAACUCUAUAAUGUUCUUGGUAUAAAAGGAAAAACAGCAUAUUUGUCACGAAAUUUAGUUAACAUCUUACAACUGAACCUGUAUGUAAGUUGCUUAGAUAAAUGUAAUCACUGUAAACAUCUAUAUGAUCUGGGAUUUUGUUUUUAUUUUGAAGCGGGAGCUUUUUUGUUUACAAGUUCAUUAAAAACUAAAAACUG